AUGCAGAAGCUCAUGUUGGUCAAGGCUAUCAGCACCCUGAGGUUCUACGCUGCUGUACCCAUCCGAACAAGCAACGGCCUGGUCAUCGGUAACUACGCCAUCUUGGACGACCGCCCUCGCUUUGGAAUCAGCGCCGACGAGAUGGUCUUCAUGGAGGACAUCGCCGACACCAUUAUGGGUCACCUUCAAGCCAAACAUACCGCCUUGCAGAGACAACGUGGUGACCGCCUGAUCAAGGGUUUGGCUCUUUUCAGCGAAGGCAAGGACAGUCUGCGCGACUGGUGGCUGGACACACACUCUCGUAAGGAAAGGGGCGAGGGUGCAAGACGUCGCCGCGGCUCAAUUGAGGAGGAAAAGACUCGCUUCGAUCUCGGCCGCGAAAUCAACACAGCCUUCGCUCGAAGCAGUAAUCUCAUGCGUGAAGCUAUCAGCGCCGAGGGUGUUGCCUUCAUCGAUGCCGAUUUCCACCGUUCCAAAGAGGCGACCAAGAACCAAGAAUCCUCGUCUACUGAUCUCGAAAGCGACACUGCGACUGGCUCUUCCGGCCCAGAAUCGACUUCCCCAAAACAGCAGACACCAAUUUCUCCCGAUGCUCAAUGCGCCCUGCUUGGCUUCUCCACAAAGGUCAGGUCUACCAUCCGUGGCUUCGAUGCCUCUGCAAGACACUCUAGUCUCCCAAAGACUUUCAUUCGCAGUCUUAUUCGUCGCUACCCUAUGGGCAAGGUUUUCAACUAUCAUGAUGGCAAAGCUCUCUCGAGUUCUUCUGGCACCGAUAUUUCCUCGGACGAUAUCAGUGAGGGAUCCAAGAACAGCAGGUCUCGCAAGCGUCGCAGUCGCGAAUUUGUCGACGCUAUGACUCUAGGUGAAGUGUUCUCGGGCCCCCGUAGUAUUGCUUUCCUGCCAUUGUGGGAUAGUAGACGAGAGAGAUGGCGAUCUGCCGUUUUCGUCUGGAACGCCGCACCCAAUAGGUUCUUAGACAAAGCCGAGGACAUCACAUAUCUUGCGGCUUUCAGCAACAACCUGAUGGCUGAGCUGUCACGUCUCGAUGCCAUUGCCGCCGACCAAGCCAAGGCCACUUUCAUCAGCUCUGUUUCUCACGAGUUGAGAUCUCCACUGCAUGGGGUGUUAGCAGGAGUCGAGCUCUUGCAAGAGAGUGACCUCAACAAUUAUCAACAGGAGAUGACGACUACCAUUAGUAUGGCUGGCAAAACAUUACUCGACACAAUCAACAAUAUCCUCGACUUUACUAAGAUCAACAGCUUCACCGACCUAGAACGCAAGGACAGGAAAGAAAAGGAUGCUGGCAGGAAUUCUGGAUUCAAGACUGCGGACAUGGGUGAAGUCGGAGUCACGAGUGCAGUUGAUCUUGCUGUUUUGACCGAGAAUGUAGUCGACACAACCGUCACGGCUAAGAGCUUCCAAGCAAGCAAAGCCAAACAGGAAGACGAAGAUGAACUCGCCUCAAAGGCUCCAAAGCAAGUCGCGGUAGUGUUGAACAUUGCUAAACGACCAAACUGGAAUCUGAACAUAUCGCCUGGUAGCUGGACCAGAGUCAUCACCAACCUUNUGGGCAACGCACUCAAGUAUACCAAACAAGGUACAAUUACUGUGAGUCUGCAGUACAAGAAGUCGGAGCACCCGGACAAGGCUCAGGUAUCUUUGACGAUCGAAGACACUGGCCAAGGCAUAGGCAGCGAAUACCUUCGAAACCACUUGUACACACCAUUUAUGCAGGAAAACACGCACGCCGUUGGCACUGGACUUGGACUUUCGAUUGUCAAGCAGAUUAUCAAGGACUUUGGUGGUCACAUCACCUUUGAGAGUGAGCUUGGAAGGGGGACCAAAGUGGUUGUCUCAUUCAACGCCGCUUUUGAAGAGGAUGUGGAGUCUGAAAUCGACGUACCGAAACGUGCUGAUGGCAGCAAUCUCCAAGUCGCACUCUCCAAGUCGUUGGGCACGACCGAUGGAGAUCUAACACGCGACAAGAUCAUCAAGACGAACACUUCCAAGACUUGCAAGGAAUGGCUAGAUUGCCAGACUGAGUCGGUGUCCGCUUCUGACGGUGCUGACGCCUUCGAUGUCUGUAUUCUGGCUGAAGCAGAUUACGAUCAAUGGCAAGAGAAGAGGAGAAAUUCGACAAGUCAGACGCCAACACCGAUGAUUGUGCUCGGUUCGAUCUCUGCGUCAUCAGUCNGUCCAAGAAAAAUGUCGAGAGCACUGGCGGCAGCUCUGCAAAGUCGAGUCCAGUCGAAUCCAACUUCUGGAAACCAGACGCUAGGCGCCAUUGCCACCUCACCGACCGCCCUGCAAAUACUCACAAAACCCACAAAUAGCGAUCCUCCACCAACCUAUACAGAAUCAAGGCCCGGUCUGAAAUUGAAUACGUCCAUUCCCUCAACACCUACGUCACCCGAGAAGAACGUGACUCCACGGAUAAGCGAAAUUACCACCGACGGGAAUACGAACCUCCGUAAGGUGUUGCUGGUUGAGGACAACUCGAUCAAUAUGAAACUCCUCGUCGCGACCAUGCGCAAGUUGAAACGACCCUACACCUCCGCAGGCAAUGGCCUAGAAGCGGUGACCGCCUAUGCGUCUGCGCCAUCUUCCUAUGCCUUGAUCCUGAUGGACAUCUCGAUGCCGGUGAUGGACGGCUUCACCGCCACCGAGUUGAUCCGCAACCUCGAGGAAAAGAACAAAUGGAACCGCUGCACCAUCAUGGCCUUGACUGGCGUCGGCGACGCGGAAGCAAAGAAACGCGCCUUCCUCGCCGGCGUUGACGACUUCAUGACGAAACCAGUCAGCAUGGGCAAAUUAGGCGACAUCAUUAAGAACCUCGAAGGCGGAGCAGGCAACGAUAACGUCGAUGCCAACGCCCGCAAACAAAACGCGUGCCACGAAAAAGCACAACAGAAUGGACACAAUCAACAGCAGCAAUAUGCAGUGGAACAGCCCGCCUGA